GACAGCGCCGGCGGGCGGGUCCUGCAACGAUUUUAACCACCACCUGAAGAUCUCCUCUCUGCGUCCUCCUGCUGGAGUAAAAACUAAAAACUGCUGUUGAUAAUCUAGCGAGACAUCACAGGAUGGAAGCACAGCAACCUAAGCAGGUGACGGCUUAUCUCCUGUUCUCUCUCGGCACGGCGGUCAUCGGCUCGCUGCAGUUCGGCUACAACACAGGAGUCAUCAACGCUCCGGAGCAGAAACUAAAAUCUUUCUUCAACAAUACCUGGUAUGAGCGCUAUGGGAAGGAAAUCGAACCGGGGGUCUGCACCAUCGUGUGGAGUAUCGCCGUGGCCAUCUUCAGCGUGGGCGGUAUGGUGGGCUCCUUCAGCGUGGGCGUCAUGGCCAACCGAUUCGGCAGGCGGCGCUCCAUGUUCCUGGUGAACUCCCUGGCGGUGAUCGGUGGCCUCCUCAUGGGUUUCUCCACCAUCUGCUCCUCCUAUGAGAUGGUGAUAGCGGGGCGUCUGGUGAUCGGUCUGUUCUGCGGUCUCUUCACCGGUCUGACCCCCAUGUACGUGGGGGAGGUGUCCCCCACCCCGCUGAGAGGAGCCUUCGGGACGCUCCACCAGCUGGGGGUGGUGGUGGGCAUCCUCAUCGCUCAGGUCUUCGGUCUGGAGGCUCUGCUGGGCUCCGACAAGCUGUGGCCCCUGCUGCUGGCCCUCACCGUGGCCCCCGCCGUGCUGCAGUGCAUCCUGCUGCCCUUCUGUCCCGAGAGUCCUCGUUUCCUCCUCAUCAACCUGAAACAGGAGGAGCAGGCUCGCAAAGCGCUGGUGCGUCUGCGCGGCAGCGAGGACGUGAGUAAAGACCUGCAGGAGAUGAAGGAGGAGAGCGCCAAGAUGGCGAUGGAGAAGAAGGUGACCAUCCUGGAGCUGUUCCGCUCUGCAGCCUACAGACAACCACUGCUGAUAGCCGUCAUGCUGCAACUCAGCCAGCAGCUGUCAGGGAUCAACGCUGUGUUCUACUACUCGACGGGGAUCUUUGAGUCGGCCGGUGUGAAGAAGCCGAUCUACGCCACCAUCGGCGCCGGCGUGGUCAACACCAUCUUCACAGUCGUCUCUCUCUUCCUGGUGGAGAAGGCGGGACGGAGGACUCUCCACCUGCUGGGUCUGGGCGGCAUGGCGGUCAGCGCUCUGCUCAUGACCGUCUCUCUGCUGCUGAAACACAUCCCAGCCAUGAGCUACAUGGCCAUCAUCGCCGUCAUGCUGUUUGUGGCCAUGUUUGAGCUCGGCCCCGGUCCCAUCCCGUGGUUCAUCGUGGCCGAGCUCUUCUCCCAGGGCCCGCGGCCCGCCGCCAUGGCCGUGGCCGGCUGCUGCAACUGGACCGCCAACUUCCUGGUGGGAAUGAGUUUCCCCAAACUAGAGGAGUUGUGCGGGCCCUGGGUCUUCCUCAUCUUCACCACCUUCCUCGUCCUCUUCUUCAUCUUCACCUUCCUCACCGUCCCGGAGACGAGGGGCAAGACCUUCGACGAGAUCGCCCGCCACUUCAGCGGCGCUCCUCCCACCUCCACCUCCGUGGAGGACCCUCCUGCCAGCGCCAGCACCGCCACCACGCUGCCCGCCUCUCCGGUGAAGGAGAAGGUCCCGCUGGUGGAAGCGGCGGCGGCGGCGGCUCCGCCUGCUGCGGCUGAAAGCACGCCGCUGGAGGAUAAAUCCCAGUCGACGGUGCAGGAGAGCGUGUAGAGCAGCUGGAGUUCAACGGGCGAAGGGGGUUCUAAAUGAAGGAAGAAUCACAGAGAUUUAAAAAAUGCUGUAAAUUGUAGUUAAUUAAAACACCUUGGAGUAAUAGAAACUAUAUAAUUUUAUAAUAGAAGUACCGAGAAAAACCUUAUCAGCUUAGAGGCUUCAGCUCCUCCUUGGGUUUCUUAUUUUUCUGUAACAUUUCCUUCUUUUAAAUCCUCCCUCGCUCAGCCACUGUACAAUCCUGCAGAUUUAAUCUACUGUACAUUCCUAGGAGUUAAGCUACAUUCAUGAAACAGGUCCAGUCUUUUCCGGGACAGCUGUGCGUCUAGUCAGGACGACACGUUUCACACGCUGUGUGUCCGUGAUGCUUGUUGAAGGUCCGGCUCGCUGCAGACUAGAGGCAGAGCGUCCACGAGUCCAUUCACUUCAGCUCCAUGUAGUGAGAGGUGACAUGGAGAGAGAUGAAGCACUUUUUUUCCCCACAUCUUCCUGUUUUAGUGGAUAUUUUAGUGCAAUUUAACUGUAGUGUCACCUAGUUAUUAUUAUUUAAUGAUUCUUCCUGUUAGAUGCUUUCAGAAGUGUUCAGGUGUAAGAAGGGAUUUUUAAAAUGUACGCUCUGUAAUGCCAAAGUACCGAACUUUAUUUGCCGCCCGGUGAACACGUGUGACCUCAAGUGUGUUUCUUCUGCUCGUUAAAUUCAGGCAGCAUUUAUUCUGAAAGACAAAUUGGUGGUUAAAGCUGUAAUCCACAAGUUUAUUUAGCUUUAUUUAGAUCACGAUUUCGUUUCGUGGUCUUAUCCUGCUUGUUGUCGGAGUUUUCGGUUGAUGAAGUUGGAAGCUGCCAAAUUAAAAAUGAAUAAAUUACUCCAUAAAUAAAUUAAAUAAGCCAUUUAACGUACCAAAAAUAUUAAUGAAAAUAAAUUUAGGCAUUAACUAAUUGAUCAAAUGUGACAGAAAUCGAUAUUCUUCUCCAUUUAUUUAUCUUUGUAUAAAUCCCUUUAUUUCUUUGAUUCAUUUCCUAUUCAAUUUUCCCCUUUUAUAUAUUAUAUUUUGUAUGCAUUUAUUAUUUUUUUGAUUGUAUUUAUUAUUUUUUUUAUUUAUUGAAUCAUUCAAUUAUUCAACUUCCUGUUUAAUUUACCAUUUCAUAAAUUUGUUCAUGCAUUGCUAUUUAUUUAAAAUGUUUAAGUAUUAUUUAUUAAUGGAACUAUUUAUUUAUUUAAUUAAUUAUUAUUAUUUUUUUUAAUUAAAUUUUAUUUAUUUAUUAUUAUUAUUUUUAUUUUUUAUUUUUAUUUUGGCAGCUUCCAUCUUCCAUGAAUUUUAUGAAUAGGCAAUUAUAUAGCGGCAAAAAGGCAUUAAUUUGUUCUAAAGGCUUGUGGAUUAUUGCUUUAUAUUUUAUUCGCAAAAAAAUAUUUUAAGCCAGUAAAAUCUUGACUGUGGCUUCUGAAUUUUAGGAGAAUUUAGGAUGUAGUAGUGACUCUGACAUGACAAACAAAAACAUGUAGAUCACAGUAGGGUAACGUGCAAUGUAUAUUUUAUUUUGUCGAUAAAACAA